AUGAGAUUAACAACACUAAGCUGUGGCCUGAGCUUCCUAUUACCUGUAUAUGCACGAGUCAUCUCUGAUCCUUGUGCUACAACAACUACUCUACCUGUCAUUACUGUCACAAAAGGUCCCAAUGGUGUGAAUUGUCAGCCCUUGCCUAUUGAGACUGCUCCUCCACCUGGCUUCACAUCUGCUGUGGUCAAGUGUGACAAGUGUGGAGGCUCAGGAACCAAGGUUGCUACUUUGACAUUCCCAACUGAGUCUGUGCAACCAUAUUCAUCUUCUGGAUAUGUUAUUGUACCUAUUGCACAACCAACACAGAUUCCUCUUGGUAACAGCGAGCAAUCUCACGGCAGUUCGGUUUAUGAGAAUGGCUCUUCUGGCUUAGAUGCUGGUCAUGCACUGAACAACCAUGGCGCUUCUCUUUCUACAAACACGGCUCCAGACUCUGAAGAUUCGACUGCACAAGACUCUGGCAGUGGAAGUCAAGAGAGCCAAAGCAUACCUAACAACGGAGGCUCUGCAAAUGAGGGAGAAUCUUCCGGUACCGGUGCUCCUGGAUCUCGGCCAUUAUCUGAGACACCUACCGCGGGUUAUCACUUUGCACCCUCUAACUCCUUCCCUGCUGGCUCCGAUGGCCAGUCUUCGUCUUCAGCAGACACAAGCUCAUCUGAUACGGCCGCCGCAGGAAAUGAUGCCUCAUAUCCCAUUCCGAACCAGAAGUCCAGCAACCCAUAUGUAGGUGACACUUCUGGUGCCUCGAGCAACGGAUCCGGCUCGCCUGGUAGCAACUCGCCCUCAUCUCAAAAUGAUACCCCCUCUACUGGAAAACCAGCCACCAAAGACUCUGGCGAUGAUAGCUUGAGUCCCGAUUCCCCGAUCACUGUUAGUAGUGCGGGCCAUAUCAAGACAAAUGUUGUUACAUGUGUAUUAGCGAAUAUUGCUGGCAUGUUCGUUCUCAGGUUGCUAGUGUAG